AUGGACGACCAGGAGGUCCAAAAGCAAAUCAACCAGAUGGUUGAAUUCAUCAAGCAAGAAGCCGAGGAAAAAGCGAACGAAAUCCGAGUCGCCGCCGAGGAGGAGUUCAACAUCGAAAAACUCCAAAUGGUGGAACUCGAGAAGCAAAAAAUCAAGCGAGAGUACGAGAGGAAAGAAUCUUUGGUCUCGGUGAAGAAGAAAAUCGAACGGUCGACGACUGGGAACGUGGCGAGGAUUAAAGUGCUCGUGGCGAGAGAUCAGAUGAUGGAGGAGUUGUUGAACGCGUCGAGAGCGAAACUCGGGGAGGUUUCGAAAUCGCCGCAAUAUAAACAACUUCUGGCGGGGUUAAUCGCGCAAGGCGCGAAGAAAUUACAAGACUUCCAGUGCAUCGUAAGAUGUCGGAAACAAGACGAGAGCGUGUGUAAAGAAGCCAUCGCGUUAGCCGCGGGGAGAGUGAGCGGGUUACACCCGACGUUGGAUUUGCGAGAGAGUUUACCGCCUUCGCCGGAGAUAUCGAAGGAUGGGAAGAGUUGCGUCGGGGGGGUUUUGGUGAUUUCCAGCAACGGGAAGACGACGUGCGAUAACACGCUCGACGCGAGGGUGAAGAACACGUUCGAGGCGUUGAUGCCGGAGAUUCGGACGGAGAUUUUCGGCGCAGACGGGGCGAAGAUUAUGUAA